UCCUAAAGACACCCUCACACCCUUGCGUAAAACCUUGAAAUGCAGCUCAUCUUGCACCAUUCAAACUGCGGUUGACUCUUUCAAACCAUUGACCAUCACUAUGUUUCAAUCUAGUGCUUUUUUGAGUUUGUUGCUCUACACAGUCGUCCCAAUUAUUGCUCAGACUCCGCCGGGUUUCAUUCCUUCGGCAAAGCAAUCGCUGAACAUUACGUAUGGCACCAACAACGUCUCUCCCGCAGGCGAAUUGAUUCCACGGAGCGAGACCGCGAACCCUCCCAGCAUCUCGACUCCCAUCUACCAAAAUGCUAGCAGCGGCGGUCGUUCUAUAAUCUUCUUGAUUGACCACGAUGUUCCUCGAAAUGGAAGCCGGGUCACCCUACUGCACUGGUUUGUUCCCAACGUCACCGUGGCCUCUGAUGGGGGCCUCACCCUAGAUAUUCCUGUCCCCGGAGUGGGCCAGACGAGCGGUGCGCCGUAUCUACAACCUUCGCCGCCUGCUGGCGACAAUCCACACACGUACACCUUCCUCCUCUUCUCACAGGCACCCAACUUUACCGUUCCCAGCGAGUUCGCAAGCAUCAACCCGCCCGCGGACUCGAAUGCGAGGAUCGGCUUCAACCUCUCAUCUUUCGCCAAGGCGGCAGGUCUGGCGGCGCUCCUCGCAGCGAAUUACAUGCAGGUUCAGAACCUUACGGGCGUCACUGGAGUCGCGACUACAUUCCCUCCAGUAACGGCGACGAGCUCGCCGACUUCGAGUGAAUCAUCAGGAGCGGCGCCUGCAACGAACACGGGCGCUGGCGCUGUUUUAGGGAAGAAUGUGGGCCUGGGUGUUUUGGGAGCGGCGGCUGCAGCUAUGGCAGCUCUUCUAUAGGAGCUUGGAGGAUAGAUUUACUAUGAUAUCAGCCCUUGCUUAAUGUAUAAGACCGAUAUAGCACUCUGUCCACAUUGAAGCAGACGCCCUGUCAUGGUGCUGGACUCGAAGCAUCAUGCAAUGGUUCGUGUCCAUGUAACCGCGUUGCAUGCGGGCGCAGGGAUCAAAGAAUACAUGAGCAAUGGGGAUCUCUGGUUGGUGAAGUCCACGAAAAGGCAAGCAUGCACUUGAAAACGCAAUUGAAGAGUUUUGCGGCGCAGCGGGAAACGGCCGGCGAUAUCGGAAUGCGGGG